AGAGAGGAAGACUGUAUUUGUGGCGCUCUCUCUCACUCUCUGUGGCCCCAACUUGGGGCCCCACUCUUUGUACACUCGCGUAGUUUUGGAGCCAAGUGAAUCUGUCGACUGGCCGCUCUGUGAGUCCCGUUCCGUCAGCAGCAGCGUCAGGUUAGAAAGAUUCGUUCGUCGCCGCCUUCCAUCUCGUCGCCUACGUCUACGUGCCAUCUACGAAAAAUCUGCAUAAAUUCGACGCGUCCGUCUGAAACUGCAUAAAAAUAGCAGAAGCCAGCGAGGCGAAAAUAUAUUUCGGUUUAACAAGUGUGUGGCGCGCGACUUGCUCGUUUAUUGUUAACACAGCAGAAAGAGGAAAUCUGCUGUUGUCGUCGUCGUCGUCGUUGGGUGUUCACUGUGCAUUUAAAGUUAUCAUUUUAACGUGUGUGGCCGGCCAAUAGUCGGAAAUUCUGUAGCCAGGCCAGUGCAUAUAAAUAAAUAUAUCUAAAAUUCAUCUAAUUAUAAAUUAACAAAUAUUCACACACUGAAUGUCCGAGAAUAAAGGCAUCAUGCUGGCCAAAUCUGUUCAAAAACACGCUGGACGUGCCAAGGAGAAGAUUCUACAAAAUUUGGGAAAAGUGGAUCGGACUGCAGAUGAAAUCUUCGACGAUCACUUGAACAACUUCAACCGCCAACAAACGAGUGCCAACAGAUUACAGAAGGAAUUCAACAAUUAUAUAAGAUGUGUUCGCGCUGCACAAACCGCCUCCAAGUCGCUGAUGGAUGCCGUGUGCGAGGUCUACGAGCCACAGUGGAGCGGCUACGAUGCGCUGCAAGCACAGACAGGCGCCUCGGAGAGCUUGUGGGCGGACUUUGCACACAAACUGGGGGACCAAGUGCUCAUACCACUCAAUACAUACACUGGACAGUUUCCCGAAAUGAAGAAAAAAGUUGAGAAGCGCAACCGAAAGCUGAUUGACUACGAUGGCCAGCGCCAUUCGUUCCAAAAUCUCCAGGCCAAUGCCAACAAACGCAAGGACGACGUCAAGCUGACCAAGGGACGCGAGCAGCUCGAGGAGGCACGACGCACCUACGAGAUCCUCAAUACGGAACUGCACGACGAGCUGCCUGCCCUGUACGACUCCAGAAUAUUGUUUCUGGUGACCAACUUGCAGACGCUCUUUGCCACCGAGCAGGUCUUCCACAACGAAACUUCCAAGAUAUACUCGGAACUGGAGGCGAUUGUUGACAAACUGGCCACAGAAUCGCAGCGCGGCUCUAACACGCUCCGCAAACAAACGAGCAAUGCCAUCAAGACGUCGAGUCCAGUGCAGUCGCCGGUGAACAAGCUGAACAACGCCAGCAUCAACAGCACCAACUACCAGAAUCAAAUUACCACAAAUGGGGGCUCCAGUCUGGCGAACAGCCCAACAUCCACGAGCUCGUCCCAGCAAGAGCCGAGAUUUGAUUCAAUUUCUUCAACGCCAGAACCAACGCCGGAGUCGCCGUCGCCGGUGCCAAAUUUAAAGCAGCGCAACAGCAGCAGCAGCCCAGUGCCAAGCAGUCCUACGCCGGCGGAUGGAGUGAAUGGUGUGACGAUCCAAGCAGUGGAAACAUCCGAGCUAAGUAGUCCGAAUGCCAACACAAAGAUCACAACCACCACACAGACAACGACAGUGACAAAAGCAGCAGGCGAGGGAGCAGCAGAAGCAGUGUUACCCCUCCAGGUGAACGGUAAUGGCAGCAACAACAACAAUAACCAAUCGCCGGCAAGCAGUGCCAGUGCACAGGCGCAGGCAAAGGAAAAGGAAAAUGAAAACAUCAGCAGCAGCAGCGGUGCCAGUGCCAGUGUCAGUGGCGGUGGCGGCAAGCAGCCCAAAGAGCUGCCCACAACAACAACGAAUGCCGAAGCAGCGGCCGAGGCGGCCGCCAAUAACGGCAACUCAAUCGAGGAACACAAGCAGAAGAAAUUAGGUAAUGCAACAGCGAUAGGCAUCAACACAACCACCACUACUACUACUUCCACCAAGCACUUAGUUACAUCAACAGAUUCAGAUACAGAUAAAGAAACAGAUACAGUUACAAAUACAAGUACAAGUACAGUCAGCAAUCAGAUCAGUAGGCAAUUAGUUCAUAGGCAAACCGUUAAUAAUGCUAAUAAGAAUCCGUUCGAAGAGGACGAAGAGCGCAUCUACGAGGUGCCCAAUGAUGCCAACACGGCUGAUCUGCCGGCCGGCACGCUCUAUCGGGUGAAGGCCACCUACGGCUACGUGAAGGAGGAUGUGGACGAGCUGAGCUUUGAGAUCGGGGACACAAUUCGCGUGAUCGAGUACGAUGAUCCCGAGGACCAGGAGGAGGGCUGGCUAAUGGGUCAGAAGGAGGGCACCAGCGAGAAGGGCCUGUUCCCCGCCAACUUCACGCGUCCCAUCUGAGCGGAGUUGGACGCACGGAGCUGGAGCCGGAGCUGAGAACCAAUCCACCAAAACAGCCACACAAACCCCAACACUUUUGUUACCCCAUCAUAAAUAUCUACAAAACGGAAAUCCCAAUCCGCAACUUUUGGCCAAACUUUCGUUCUGAAGCGCUGUGUCAGUUUCUGUCCCAUUAUAAAACAUUUUUGUUCUGUGAAACGCAUUCUUUCGAUUGGAUUAGAGCAGUGCUUCCAGUUAUUAUUAAUUAUUAAUUAUUAUUGUUGAACCACACAAAGGAAUGGCGAAGCAAAAGCAAAAGCAAAACAAACACACUUUGAGGAUGUUUCAAAUUUUAUUUUCUAGUUGUAAGUCUCGGCAAAGCAAAUCUACGUAUCAUACAAACAUAUAUUAUUUGUUAAAACUAUUAUUGUGCUCAUAAUUAAUGCGAACAAAUGCGAAUGUGUAAAACCAAACCCACACACACACACACACACACACACAAAUUCAACGCAUAUCACUCGAAAGCAAAGAGUAAUCGUUAAACAAAUUAAGAAAAAGAAAAAAAGAAAGGAUGGAACCUGAACCUGAGAACAUUUUGUAUGUGUAUUUUGCAAAUAUGUAGUACGAGUUUUUUAUAGUCAAUUGUGGAGUGUAGGGAGAAAUGCACGUCUGGUGCCUCCAGGAUUUUGAUUUGGAAAUGGAAAUUGUUUUCAAUUAAUAUUACUUGUAAUUGUAUUUUUUCUUCCUUUUUUUUUGUUUU